AUUGUAAAAGUAAGGAUGCUAGCUAUAAGUUGCAGAAGAAUCCGUAUGACUUCAAACUCGCAUUCAGGGCUAGCCGUGAUGGGUUCAAUCAUACUACAUUUCACCGUCGCUGCGACAACAAGGGGCCUAGCAUUCUUGUAGCAAAACUGGCAAAAUCAUCAAUAUUAAUCGGCGGGUAUAACCCUUUGGAUUGGGGAUUGUAUGGUUUCCAACAAUCACGUACAAGCUUUUUAUUUAUGCUAGAUAAGGACAAGGACCUUGAUUCCGCAACCAUAUCACGCGUAAUCAAUCCAGGCGCUGAGGCCAUUUGCUGUGAUGCAACCAAGGGACCAACAUUUGGAAGCGGGCCCGAUUUUGCAAUUAAUAAUGACAAGACUUGGACAUCAGUUCCGAAAUCGUACCCAUCGAUAUUUGAUGAUGUAAAUGGAACUAUUGAAGAUUAUGAGGUAUUUACUGUUUGCAAAAAGACAGAUCGGCAUUUUCAUAGAGAGAACAGCUCGACACUCAGAAGUCCAACAGCUGAGACUCCAACGAAUGGUAAAGGAACUAAAAAAUUAAC